UUACAAGUUAUUACUUUUCUUAAAUUUCUAUUUCCUUCAAUAAGAAUUCAAUAAUUUUUACUUGUUUUUGCCGAAAAAAAUGGCAAUACCCCAGCAGGCCACUACCCAUGUUUUUGCGUUCCUCUGGCGGUCUUGAGAAAAUAUAAAUAAAUCGGCGUAAUAAUGCGCCCACGUCGUCCUACUUACCUUUAUGUCUGCAUGCAUAGAUUAGUGUAAAAAUGUAAAAUCUCUUAUCUGCUCCAUCAGCUGUUUUCGAAUGUAUCGGAUUUCCACAUGCACUAUCGAAUCACUCACCAGCCUUAAUAGAAGGAGAGAAAGCUUAAUAUUUGUAUUCCUAUUGUAACAGUGAAGUGAGCCGAAAGCUUCCUUGACCUGCGUGAAAGCUUAAGGAGGUCACUAUUUUUCCCUGGCGAAAGUUGAUUUUCUCUUCCGUGUAGGAGGAAGAAGUUGUCGCCAUUGGAGGAAUUUACAGUGGCUUAGAGGUAAUAUAGAGGGUGCCCGACAACCACACAAACAUCGUUAAUUCGUUAUGCAGAAUGAGCCGAGUUGAUUGACUUGUUGUGAUAAAUGGGCGUCAAUCUUUCGUCGUGCAGAGCGAGCUUCCCCCACAAUUUGUGAUGAAUUAGGUGAUUCAAUGAACUUGAAGGCGUAAUUUGCCAUUCUGGUAAUUGGUCGUUUUAAAGGAAAGGCAGAGCCCAAAAACCUUAAGUCUCUUUUUCGCAAUAUGAAUGAACAACCUUCGACGAGUCGCUCAAUUUAUUCAAUUUCUAUGACUUAUUAGCAUAUCCACUUACGUUACAGUGCGGAAAUUUGGUUGUUUUUUAUUUCUUAAUUCACUAAUGGAAUUUAAAAUGUACAUAUGUGAACCAUACGUCAGAGAACAAAUUAACUAUCAUUUAAACGCUGUCACAAGUUGCUGAUUGCACCAAGCCCAAAAAACCGAAUGACUAUCGUUUGGUUUUAUGACAUUCUUGCCUCAUGUGUCGACCCACCGGAACGGAUGUGAAGUUUAGACAUACGAUCCUUCCGCCACCGGGAAAAGUGAUAGUUCUCUUAUACGUUAUGCACCUGGCCAGCAUACUAAAUGAGAGAAGUUGAGGAAGAAUUGAUUUUAAACAAAUAAUAUAUUGCUAUAUCUCAUUUGGUUUUCUUUUAUUUUUGAAACUCUCACUCUUUUACCUUGGUUGGGGAACUUACGAGACGAUCGUAAAGUUGGUGAUUGAAGGAAGCCUAUCGGCAAAUAAUGGCCAACAUCGUGGCUGUCACCAGGCCGACCUUUGCAAGCGAAAUGCAUUAAUAUUUGCAUACGUACUUCGUGCAGAAGGUCGUACACACCGAAGAAUCCUUUCACUUUUGUUGCGGCCCCGCAACUUUAAAUGCAGUUUUCACCUUCCCUGCAGAUUUACAUCUUGUAAAGCUAUUCAUGUUGAGCAAGGGAUGAGCAAGAUCAUUCAAUCAACAGGGAAACAGUUGCGAAAGUUGUACAACCCAAGUUGAACCAUACCUUUUGGCUGCAACUCUCUACUCUGAAUAAGGAACGGUCCAAACCUGGCGGUGUAAAUCCGAUGAAAUGAAAAUCCAGACCUCUGUGGCGGAUAAUGACGGAUGACUUUCUAUGCAUCAUUGACGAUAUAAAGCUUGAAAUAUGAUGUCUGCUUUAAUAAGAGAAUUAUCCGUAUAUACGUAACGACAUGAUGGUGAAUGUUCGUCCGGUAAGUCUGAAUAUGGUGGCCAUGAACUUCUUUAAGAAUUUCUACUUUAGAUGCUAAAAUUAUGUAUUUAGUUAUAGGCCUAUGGGUUUCAUUUUUUAUCGAGUUUUUCGGUAUAAAGCGGAAGUGAUUUUAUUGUUUGUUUGUUUCAUGGAAAGUUUUUUUUUCUCCUGCUGUCUAGCGAAAGUUUCACUGAAGUGACGAAAUUAAAUAGGAAGGAAAACAUACGACCCAACGUUGACCGAUGAAGGGUAAGAUAAUAUGAAUCACUUUCGUGGCAUCGCCGUUUUUUCCUGGUUAAUGGGCCUUAUUUAAGGUGACAGCAGGCCACAGAACGUCAGAAACAUUGUUCCUACCGAUCCGAUUUGUUCUCUUCAAAGGCUCAACAUUUUCAUACCACAAUCAUGAUUCGGUCAUACAGUCUAUUAGUUGUGAUGCUAAUAGUUCACUAUGGUUCGUCAGCUCCUGCCCCUCAGUCAAGUUCAACAAGUAACGUCGGCUCGGGACUCACAAAUUUGAAUUCCAAUUUACUGGGUUCCAGCACCAAUCCAGGCCUGUUGAACGGCGGUUUAGGCACUGGACUCGGUUUCAACGGACUUAAUUCAUUUGGUGGCUUUGGAGGACUCGGAAGUGGGGGCUUCGGGAACGGAAUCGGGGGCUUCGGGACCGGAAUUGGGGGCUUCGGAAACGGAAUUGGGGGCUUCGGGAACGGAAUCGGGGGUUUCGGGAACGGACUUGGGGGUUUCGGGAACGGAAUUGGGGGCUUCGGGAACGGACUCGGAGGCUUCGGGACUGGAAUUGGGGGCUUCGGGAACGGACUUGGGGGCUUCAACGGACUCGGAGGAGGUUUAAGUGGAUUCAACGGACUGAACUCUUUCGGAGGCCUUGGAGGAGGUCUUGGAUCUGGUUUGGGCUUUGGAGGACUCGGUGGAGGUUUAAACGGACUGAAUUCUUUCAAUGGCCUUGGAGGUCUUGGUGGCAUUGGUACGGGACUCGGAGGAGGUUUUGGAAAUUUCGGAACAGGACUCGGAGGAGGACUCGGUGGAUUUGGAACGGGACUCGGAGGAGGUCUUGGUGGCUUUGGGACCGGAAUCGGAGGACUGAACGGAUUGGGACUUGGAAAUAGUGGACUCCUUGGAGGUGGUCUGGGAGGUUUUGGUUCUCUCGGUGGAUUUGGUGGAAACGGUUUGUUAGGAACUGGAAGUCUCAUCAAUAGCGGCCUCCUUGGUACAACUGGUUUAACCAAUGGACUGGGAACCGUUGGCUCAAAUUUCGGUCUAGGCAGCGGUCUCGGAUUGGGAUCCAGCUUCGGAACUGGUUUCGGCUUGGGAAACCUUGGUGGUGGCAGUUUUAGAAGCCUACCCGACCUCAAGUAGAUCGUUACAAGAGUCGAAUGUCCCCUUUAUUAAAUACGAUGGUUGGAGGAUCUUCUUUGACUUCAUCUGAUCAACACGUCAACAAUCUAGUAAAUCGCAUCCGAGCAAUCCAGCAAGAAUUCGCGGCAAAUCCUUCAUCAUCUUCAUCCAGAUCAAUAUCUUCUUUUGGCGAUUUCCGGUCCUUUGAUCCUACAAACGACAAAGAUGUCUAACAAACCGUAAACUCCUAUAACUCUUUAUGUGCUAAUUUGUAAAAAAAAAUGAUGGCCAUCCUUGUUAUCGAAUGGUAGGCAAUUUCUUUGCUGUUACGCCCUCUUACAUGUAUACGAAAACUUGUAGUUCAUUGGUUAAAAAUAAAUUGUAUUUCUGGCUCCUAGUUACUUGACGCUCUUUACACGAAAAUCUAGCUUUUGAGUUCCAUCCUUGGUUUUAAUAUAGUUGUUGCUUUUCAUAUUUUUUAUUCGUAUUCCACUUCCCCCAUGCAAAUACAAUAUUGACCGUUAGAUGGCUAUUUUGCAGACGAAUUUCACGUGUCCUUGUUGAAUGUUUGCUAAUCUAACGUAAGUUAAUGUUGUCCCAACAGAACAUAAAAUUGUGCAUUGAAUUAUAAAUUCGACGAUUUUUUAUUCGAUUGUACCAAAUGGAUGAUGUAUUUCUGAGUGAAGUGGAUCUCGACGGUCAUGAAGAAUGGGAUACAGUAGCUGGAAGUACAGUCGGUACCGUCUCUUAUAUGCCUACCAAUUCAGAGAAUGAAAUUGAUAUUCUUGCUGUGCAAAUGGACAUUACUUCGCCACUGUCAACCCUAAAAGCAAUUCUUGGACAUAGACUUGGAGCUGAUUUUUCACAUUGUGAAAUUUGGCUACAAGAUGUUGUGCAGCUUACUGAUGAAACAACCCUAUCUGAACAGUGUAUUCAAGGAGAAGGAUUGGUUCAAGUCAACUUAGAGUUGAAAUCAGUACAAAAUAUUGACAGAAUCAAUAUUAUUGAUGUGUUAAAGCCACAGCAAGAUGAAGAUAUCAAUCUUAAUGAACAAGAAAUCAUGGAAGGCAUUAAAGACCCAGAGGAGAUUGAAGUUCCAGUGCCAGACCCUGUUCUUGAAGAAGUCUCAAAUGUUGCAUUACAAGCAGUGACAUAUCAAGUUGAUGAGUCUAAAAACAGCGAAGUACCAGCAACACCUGGCACUAUUGUUCAACAUUCAGUUGCUAACUCUUUACCAACAGCACCUAUCAAAACUUCAAACCCAAAUAGAAUAUCGUGUAAAAUGCCUACCCCUCAAAAUGAAAAUAUAACAAGAUGGGUGAUGGAUGGAAAUUUUAGAAAAGAGCAAGAGAGGCUGAAAAUUCCUUUAGAUCCUGUUUUGUGGUCCAAAGCACAUAUUCAACAUUGGAUACGAUGGGCAAUUAAUCAAUUUAAUCUAAAGGGUGUGAAUCCUACUCAAUGGGCUUUUGUUGAUGGACCAUCAUUGUGUAAUAUGACUCACACAGAGUUUAUACAGAGAAUACCAAAAAAUCCUUCAUCAAAAGAUCCAAACCAUGAUCUAUUCUGGACCCAUCUCGAACUACUACGAAAAUGCAAAUUUGUCGGGGUGAUUCAAAAACCAGUGCCUUAUCUUCAGUAUAUCACAACUCCAUUGACAGUUAAAUCUGAUACUUCCAGAAUGCCAAGACCGCCUGUUAAAGUUGUUACUCCAGCAAAAAGGAUUCCCCUUGAAACAUUUUCCUCGCGUUCGUUCUCGAUUGCUAACUCAGGAAACCGAACAGGCAGCAAUGGCCAGGUACAACUCUGGCAGUUUCUCCUUGAGCUGUUGACCGAUGUGAAUUUCCGGGAUGCUAUUUCUUGGCUUGGGACAGGAGGAGAAUUCAAAUUAAAUAACCCUGAAAUGGUGGCUCAACUAUGGGGAGAAAGGAAAAACAAACCACACAUGAACUAUGAAAAACUCAGUCGAGCCCUGAGGUAUUAUUAUGAUGGCGAUAUGAUUUGCAAAGUAAGCGGUAAACGAUUUGUGUAUAAAUUUGUUUGUGACCUCAAACAAUUGUUGGGCUAUUCGGCUGAUGAACUUAAUAAGCUUGUAACAGAGUGUGAGCAACGAUCCAAAAUGAGACGGGCAAGUUCGUCAUACGUGUAAAUACAAAACGUAUUUGUUUAAAUCAUU